GGAGAGGUCACGGGCUUGCCAGGGGAGGGGCCGAUGGGUCGGGGCUGCGCCCCCCGCCCGCUCGGCACCCCCAAAUCCCUAAUCGCAGCCCGAUCUGCUCUCGCGGCGCAGCCCCGCGGGACGUGGCAAGAGCGGACCUGCAGAGCCUGUUCUGGCCGCGGUGGCCGGGGGGGCGGGCUGGGCGUGGGGGUGCCGGCGCUGCGGCACCUUUAAGACGAGGGAGGACCCCUCUUGCCCUCGGACAAACCAGGAAGGGAGUCGCGAGCAUCAUACGGGGCUUUGCGUACUGUACGGCUACUGUAGGGGCAGUGACGCCGCCGCCCGCCCGAGCGAGGUCCGCGCCGCGGGCUGCCCCGAUCGCGCGUCCUCCGGGCCCGGGUCCCCGCGAGGUAAGCUGCCCAGGCUGAAGGGGACCCCUCUCCGGGAGAGGUGUCGCGGAAGAUGGCCGGCGGCGUGGAUGGCCCCAUCGGGAUCCCGUUCCCGGACCACAGCAGCGACAUCCUGAGCGGCCUGAAUGAGCAGCGGACUCAGGGCCUGCUGUGCGACGUGGUGAUCCUGGUGGAAGGACGUGAGUUCCCCACACACCGCUCGGUGCUGGCCGCCUGCAGCCAGUACUUCAAGAAGCUGUUCACGUCGGGCGCCGUCGUGGACCAGCAGAAUGUGUACGAGAUCGACUUUGUGAGCGCCGAGGCUCUGACUGCGCUCAUGGACUUCGCCUACACCGCCACGCUCACGGUCAGCACAGCCAAUGUGGGCGACAUCCUGAGUGCAGCGCGACUGCUGGAGAUCCCGGCCGUGAGCCACGUGUGUGCCGACCUACUGGAGCGCCAGAUUCUGGCGGCCGACGAUGUGGGUGAUGCGGGCCAGCCCGACGGGGCGGGCCCCGCGGACCAGCGCAACCUGCUGCGCGCCAAGGAGUACCUGGAGUUCUUCCGCUGCAACCCCAUGAAUAGCAUGCCCCCCACCGCCUUCCCGUGGUCUGGCUUCGGUGCCCCCGACGACGACCUGGAUGCCACCAAGGAGGCCGUGGCUGCCGCUGUGGCUGCUGUGGCUGCAGGCGACUGCAAUGGCUUGGACUUCUACGGCCCAGGGCCUCCUGCCGAUCGGCCCCCAGCGGGCGAUGGAGAUGAGGGUGACAGCACCCCAGGGCUGUGGCCUGAGCGGGAUGAAGAUGCCCCGCCCGGAGGGCUCUUCCCACCGCCUACUGCCCCACCGGCUACCACGCAGAAUGGCCACUAUGGCCGCGCAGGGGCCGGCACUGGUGAGGAGGAAGCCGGGGCGGCACUCUCUGAGGCUGCACCCGAGCCGGGCGACUCCCCAGGUUUCCUGUCGGGGGCUGCAGAGGGCGAGGAUGGGGACACCGCUGAUGUGGACGGGCUAGCUGCCAGUACGCUGCUACAGCAGAUGAUGUCUUCGGUGGGCCGGUCAGGGGACAGUGACGAGGAGUCGCGCGCAGACGACAAGGGCGUCAUGGACUACUACCUGAAAUACUUCAGCGGAGCCCACGAGGGCGAUGUGUACCCGGCCUGGUCGCAGAAGGGUGAGAAGAAAAUCCGGGCCAAGGCCUUCCAGAAGUGUCCUAUCUGCGAGAAGGUGAUCCAGGGUGCGGGCAAGCUGCCCCGUCACAUCCGCACACACACGGGCGAGAAGCCCUACGAGUGCAACAUCUGCAAGGUCCGAUUCACCAGACAGGACAAGCUGAAAGUGCACAUGCGGAAGCACACGGGCGAGAAGCCGUACCUGUGUCAGCAGUGUGGCGCGGCCUUUGCGCACAACUACGACCUGAAGAACCACAUGCGGGUGCACACGGGGCUGCGGCCGUACCAGUGCGAUAGCUGCUGCAAGACCUUCGUGCGCUCCGACCACCUGCACAGACACCUCAAGAAGGACGGCUGCAAUGGGGUCCCAUCGCGCCGCGGCCGCAAGCCCCGCGUGCGGGGUGUGCCGCCCGAUGUCCCUGCUGGGGCCGGCGCACCCCCUGGGCUCCCGGACGCCCCGCGCAAUGGCCAGGAGAAGCACUUUAAGGACGAGGAGGACGAGGAGGAGGCGGCCAGUCCCGACGGCUCGGGCCGUCUGAAUGUAGCGGGCAGCGGAGGAGACGAUGGUGCAGGUGGCCCCGUGGUGGCCACCACCGAGGGUAACUUCGCAACCUGACUCGUAUUAAAACAAACCAAAAACAAAACAAAAAACUAAGAACAGAGAGAAACCACCACCCACCCCCAGCACCACAAGUAAGCAGUUCUCUGUCCAGACGCCCUCCAUCCAUCCUCGCGGACGUGUGCGUGUAUAUACCAUGGCCGCGGGCGCCUGCCUUUCUCAGAUCCUUAGGAUGGCCCAUCUGCUCCUGUGCCCCUGGCCCCAUCCACCAAGGGGUCCCACCCAGGGGUCCAGCCUGCUCCUGGCUAAGGCGAGGGUGAUGGGGACCCCAGGACAGGCUCCCGGCUCCUUGCUGGUUGGUUUUAGGGGGGUCUUAAACAGACCUUAAAUGUUCUGUCCACUAUGAGUGGACGUUAAAAUGGUCCCCGGCUCCCCACCCUCCUUCCUCAGGGCACUUACUAAAGAGGGGGGUGUCCCCUCGGUCCCCCUCCCUCCUGCCUGUGGCCUCCUCGUAUCUCUGCACAUCCACCCUGGCCACCACUGACAUACAAGUCUAUUUAUUCCCAAGCCUGGAUGGCCAGAGUGGGGAUUGGGGGGCCGCUGGGGUCCCCGCCACCCUCUUUCACGGCACUUACACCUGACGGGGUCCUCAGGGCCACUGCUCAGGGCGACCCCCCAACCUUCCCAUCUCUGCUUGGCCAUGCCCCACCCCUUGUUCAGAGAUUGAAAAUUCGUCACCCCACGCCCCACUUUUUAAGGCACUUUUUAGAUCUAUUUCCCUUUUUCCUCCUUAAAGACAGUUUAUAUAGAGAUAUAUAUAGAGAGAAAUAUAUAAAAUAUUCUUUUCCUCAGAGGAGCCGGCAGCAGUUUUGGGUGGACAUAGCCAAGAUCAGAGGUAACCCCAGGGACUCAGGCAGAGGCAGGCGAGGGAGGGGGAGAGGCCACAGCUUAAUGUCACAAAACAGCAAUAAAACCCCGAGAUUUUAGUAAACACGAAGGCAGAACAUUAAAAAAAAAAUCAGCAAAAGCAGCGCCAGCCACGUGGGGAUCUUGGCACUUUGUAAUGAACGGGUACUUUUCAUUCUUAACUUAAGAAAUGUUUACAAGUUGCACCCAGCUUCUAUGAAAAAUUGGAGAGAGAGUGAGAGCAGUGGGAAGUUAACUAAGUCAAUUUAUUUUUGUAUAAAAUAAAAGAACCCCAACCCAUUGCUCCGGUAGAAUCCACUUGUGUUCCCGAGACUCAGGGCGGGGCGUCCAGGGCGCCACGGGAAGGGACCCGGGGGUCCGCUUGGCCUGCCUCCGGGGCUCCCUGAGUCUGCCAGGGCCCCUGUCCCCCAGGUUAUUUUAUUUUCUCUUCUGUCUCUGUAGGAGACCACAGGCCUGGGAGCAGCAGGCCACCUGUCCUGUCCUUCCCAGCUCAGGGAUGUCCCCGAGAGAGGGCUGGUCCUCGGCUAGCCGGGCCCUGUGCCCCCGUCUGGUCCCCCCCAGUGUGGUGGUCCCCCUCCCCCCGUGUGGUGGUCCCCCUCUUAGGCACCCCCUCUUUUUACUCAAAGGCACUGACUGUAACCCAGGGGCUAGCACCUGAGCCCCCAUUCUCCAAACUCUGGCUUCCCUCAAAGGCCCGGUAUUGACCGAGCCACAGGCCACGUACAGGGGCCGGGGUUGGGGGACAUGGCUGUCAGGUGCCAGGGCGCCCCCAUGUCAAACACCGUGGCCAAGGUGGAACCAAACUUGGGACCUUGACCAUGCACGCUCUGCCCAGCCCUUCCCAGUGGGUGCCAGCGGGGCUUGAGGGUAUUCCUGUGUCCCCGUCUGACAAAUGUCUUUCUUUGGUUUUAAAGGGAAGCUCAUUAAGAAGGCCGCUUUCCAGUUUUUAGCAGAGGGGUUUCCUCUCUAACCCUUCCUACCGCGCGAGUUUCCCCCCAACCCCUCCCCCCCAUGUCUCAGGAUCCCCCCUUGGGGCCAGCAGAAUGGGCCCAGGGGCGGGGUGGUGCUGGCCUCCCCUCGCGCCCCACUUCCGCGGUGAGCUGUCCCGGGAACUGUGCUGUGGAGGCCAAGUUGGGCCCCCAGGCCCCCAUUCCCAGACAGGUCAGUCCCUCCAUCUUCUCGCAAUAAAACCAACUUUAAUCACGUGUCAUCCUGGCCAGUGGCCACUAGACUUGGGGUGGAUGGAGCCCUUGGGGACUAUGGUAGGGUGCCCCAUAACCUGCCAGCGACAACGCAAGCCCCCUUGGGAAUUGCACUAAACCCUUGCCCCUCGCUCCGCACUCAGCUUCUGCCCCCCAUACCCACCUUGCCUUAACCGCCAGCCCGUCCUAGGGGGCCACAGCCACCGCAUGGGCCCAGUGCCGGGACAUCCCCCAGCCCCUGAAGGCCUACCCCACCCCCCAGUAUACUGCAAUCACAUACUGUAUAUAGAAUGUGGACCGAUUUUUACAACUUUUUAUUCUUUAAAUUAAGGCCGUGAUAAAAGUUGCCAAAGAGAAUUGUGGGAUUCACUAGAGGUUUGAGCGGAGGGUGCUGUAGGAAGAUUUUAUUUGAUUGUUUGGGGUUUGGUGUGUGUGUGUGGGUGUGUGUGUGUGUGUGUGUGGGUGUGUGUGGUUUUUUUCUUUCUUUGUGUCUUGUUCUAUUUUUUUUUUUUUCACUGCCUGGUACCGAUAACAAAAAGAAAAAAAAAAAAAAGACAACAGAAUUCGUUACUUCCAUUAUGGUGAAUUUGUGUGUGUGUGUGAGUGUGUGAGACAGAAGGGCCCAGGCUGUGGGGUUCUGGGGACCCCGGUGCUGGGGGAGACGGCCUGCAGCUGGCCCCAGCCUGUGACCUGAGCAAGACCACCCCUGCUGAGUACUUGCUGCUCUCUUUGCCUUCCUACCCCUGUCCCUGCAGGCCUUUCGAGAUUAAGAAAAAAAUAAAGGAAAAAAAAAAAAAAAAAAAAAAGAGAAAAAAAAGAAAAAAACAAACAUAUAUAUCUGUAGAGAAACCAAUGAAUGUAAGUGGUAGACCUGGCCCAGCCAUGGCCCCGCCACGUGGGAUUGAGUGGCGGAACCAAAGUUGGUGCCCUGGGUGUGCAUUCGGGAGGACCCUGUCUGAGCACCGCUGACCUGAGGGGCUCUGCUGGGUCCUCUUGGGUAGCCAGGGAAUGCUACCACUGUGCCAGGCACAAUGGCAGCCUCCAAGUCCAGGUGGAGCCCAGGCUGGUCGUUCAGGGAACAGACUGUAAGUUAGCAGGGUGUGUGGAAGGGACACAGGCUGAAAGGAAAAACAGAAAAAAACAAAAAAACACAAAAACCAACAAAAAAAAGAAAAAGCAAAAUCCUAUUUUUUGAGAAAGAAAGAUAUUUAUAUUUGCAGUUUUAUUUUAAAAAGUUAUUUAAGCUGAGGAAACGGCCUUCCCGGAGUUCGGGGUGGCUGGCACCGGACGGGUCAGGGGUCUUGGGGGCUCCUCACCUCAGGAAUGAUUAUCUCAGUUCAGAACUAGCUCGCACUAAAUAUAUAUUGAUUUACCUUUGUGGGGGGGCAGGGGGGCCAAGAGACAGACAGAGGGCCAGGGGAGCCUCACCCCAGGCCCAGAAUGAGGUGCCUUGGAAUUUGGGGGCCCAGGCCUGGUGCAUGGGGGUCCAGAGCACAGAACAGACAUUCCACUGACUGGAUGUAAGAAUCUUUCUAACAAGGUGUGGGAGGCAGAACGAAAACAAAUCAAUUGAUUAAAGAAAAAUGCACUUUUUGGGGGUGGGGGGACAAGCUUUAAAAGUAAUUAAAAAACAACAAAAGAUUAUGAAAAAUCUGAAAACAUAGAAUUCAUUUUUCUUGUACAUAAAAGAGAAAAACCCAACCACUAAAUGCAGCCUGUUACGAUA